AUGGAGACAAGUUUUUGGUGGGACUUUGCUUGGGGUGCCGCUGUCGCGGAAGUGACUACACCAGCGAAUGGUGCUGGAGUUGAUGACGAGUGGCAUUCUUUCGAGACUGAUUACAUCGAACGUCACAAAGACAUGAAUGGAUUUCACCCCCGUAUGGAACGCUACUCCAUGGAAACCAGAGACUGCACAAAAGCCACGGUGAAGUCAGGCGACCUUUUGCUAGGAUUGGCCGGGACAGCUCUUGCCGUAGUCUUGAGCGAAGCUGAAGGCGAUGGCAACCUCAUCAGAUUAGCCCUCAUGGUUGGCAGUGGAGAUGCUCCGGGAGUUGACAUCGCUCGCGUCGCUUACCAGAAGGUCCUUUCUCUCGAUUUCCUCGCCAAAGACUCGCUGGCGGGCGACUGCUACAAAAGUGGGCAAUUUCCCUACCAGAGUAUGACACCAAGGACAAACUUCUGA